GGGGCUGGCCAUCCUCACACCCCUAGGCCUGUCCACCACCUAUGUCUUUGCACUGUUCACCUCUCUGCAAGAGACCUCAUCUCCAGACAGUCAGAGACACGCCAGAAUGGAGGUCCUGAAGGAGAAAGUGGAGGAGGAGGAGGAGGCCGAGCGGGCCGAGAGGGGCGAGAAAAUGAUGAGGCCGAUGGAGGUGCGGAAGGAGGAAACCAUCAUGACGCAGGAGAUGCUCAGAGACCUGGAGAGGAAGCUGUCGGAGAUUGAGGUCUCCAUCCCAGAGAAGCCCUCGACUUUUACCAAGGACGCUAUUGACAUCUCCAAGCUGCCCCUUUCCUACCAAAGCAACACGCCCAAGGAGGAACACCUGCUGCAGGUGGCAGACAACUUCUCCCGCCAGUACAGCCACCUGUGCCCGGACCGCGUGCCCCUCUUCCUGCACCCAGUGAACGAGUGCGAAGUGCCUAAGUUCGUGAGCACAACCAUCCGGCCCACGCUGAUGCCCUACCCUGAGCUCUACAACUGGGACACCUGCGCCCAGUUUGUCUCAGACUUCCUGUCCGCGGUGCCCUUGCCCGACCCCCUCAAGCCGCCCUCCUACCUGUACUCCUCGACCACGGUGCUCAAGUACCAGAAGGGGAACUGCUUUGACUUCAGCACGCUGCUCUGCUCCAUGCUCAUCGGUGCCCGCUACGAUGCCUACUGCGUCUACGGCUAUGGCUCACAGGACCUGUGCCACAUGGACCUGACUCGGGAGGUGUGCCCACUCACCGUGAAGCCCAAGGAGAUGGUCAAGGAGGAGGAAAAGGCACCACCUAAGAAGUACGCCGUCAAACCGCCCAGGGACCUGACAAGCAGGUUUGAACAGGAGCAGGAGAUUAAAAGGCAGGAGGCAAUCAAGGCCGAGGAGGAGAGGCGACUGAAGCAGGAGGAGGAGCGCCUCGUGGAGCAGGAGAGUGCAAAGACGGACCCCCUGCACGGCCUGCGGGUACACUCCUGGGUCCUGGUGUUGUCGGGGAAACGCGAGGUGCCCGAGAGCUUUUUCAUUGACCCGUUCACUGGACGCAGCUACAGCACCCAGGACGACCACUUCCUGGGAAUAGAGAGCCUCUGGAACCACAAGAACUACUGGGUCAACAUGCAGGACUGCUGGAACUGCUGCAAGGACCUGGUCUUUGACCUGGGAGACUCUGUGAGGUGGGAGUACCUGCUCUUGGGGACCGACAAGCCUCUCCUGUCCCUGACUGAUGAGGAGGACGAUGGGACGAACGAUGACGAUGAUGUGGAAAAUCUGGGCAAGGAGGAUGAGGAUAAGAGCUUCGACAUGCCGUGCUCGUGGGUGGAGCAGAUUGAGAUCUCCCCAGAAGCGUUCGAGACCCGCUGCCCAAACGGGAAGAAGGUGAUACAGUACAAGCGGGCAAAGCUGGAGAAGUGGGCCCCGUACCUCAACAACAACGGCCUGGUGUGCCGCCUCACCACCUACGAGGACUUGGAGUGCACCAAGACUUUGGAGAUAAAGGAGUGGUUCCAGAACCGGGAGGAUAUGCUGGAGCUGAAGCACAUCAACAAGGUCACGGGGCUGAAUAUCGACUACUUCAAGCCGGGCCACCCCCAGGCUCUGCGUGUGCACUCAUACACGUCCAUGCAACCCGAGAUGGACCGCGUCAUGGAGUUUUAUGAAACGGCCCGCGUGGACGGCCUGAUCAAACGGGAGGAGACGCCCAGGACAAUGACGGAGUACUACCAAGGGCGGCCCGACCUCCUUUCCUACCGCCAUGUCAAUUUCGGGCCCCGGAUCAAGAAGUUGGCUCUGAACAGUGCAGAGUCAAACCCCCGGCCCGUGGUGAAAAUCACAGAGCGAUUCUUCCGCAACCCUGCGAAGCCUGCGGAUGAAGACGUGGCAGAGCGCGUGUUUCUGAUCCUGGAUGAGCGCAUCCAGCUGCGCUACCACUGCCGCGAGGACCGCAUCACGGCCUCCAAGCGUGAGUUCCUGUGGCGCACGGAGGGGGACAGCAAGGGCAACAAGAUCAUCAUGACGCCUGACAUGUGUCUCAGCUUUGAGGUGGAGCCCAUGGAGCACACCAAGAAGCUUCUCUACCAGCCCGAGGCCAUGAUGAAGCUGAAGAACGAGGAGAAGUUGUCCAGGCAUCAGGCCUGGGAGUCAGAGCUGGAGGUGCUGGAGAUCCUGAAGCUUCGGGAGGAAGAGGAGGCGGCGCAUGCGCUGACCAUCUCCAUCUAUGACACCAAGCGCAACGAGAAGAGCAAGGAGUAUCGGGAGGCCAUGGAGCGCGUGAUGCACGAGGAGCACCUGUGGCAGGUGGAGGCCCAGCUGGACUACCUGGCCCCAUUUCUGGCACAGCUCCCACCGGGAGAGAAGCUGACGCGCUGGCAGGCCGUGCGCCUCAAGGAUGAGUGCCUCAGUGACUUCAAGCAGCGGCUCAUCAACAAGGCCAACCUCAUCCAGGCCCGGUUUGAAAAGGAGACCCAGGAGCUGCAGAAGCAGCAGCAGUGGUAUCAGGAGAACCAGGUGACCUUGACGCCCGAGGAUGAAGACUUGUACCUGAGUUACUGCUCUCAGGCCAUGUUCCGCAUCCGCAUCCUGGAGCAGCGGCUCAAUCGACACAAGGAGCUGGCCCCACUGAAGUACCUGGCUCUGGAGGAAAAGCUCUACAAGGACCCACGCCUGGUGGAGUUACUGAAAGUCUUCGUUUGAUGCUUCUCAGUCCCCACACCUGUGGUCCUUUGCCCCUCCUGAGGCCUCAGUGAAGCUGCCAGAGAAAGAAACCUCCCCCAAAGCCUGGCCCACGUGCUCCCUAUGCCCAGCUAAUGACCAUCCAUCUGGGCACCUGGCCUCGCUGCCACACCACCUCCCUGCAGCCAUCUGUUCCUGCUUCUCCUGAUUUUCCUGUAAA